AUGGAAGAACUCCUGUGCGUGUGCGUGUGUGUGUGUGGAACAUAUGGAGAGCGCAAGGAAAUGGGGCUUUUGUGGUGUGCGCAACCCAGUCGCGACCGCAGUCAUCCCGCGCCCAGCGUCCGAGAAGGAGUAGCUCCACUCGAGAGGAAAGGCCUCCACCAUCACCAGUCCCCCAUUUUAGUCGGGGGGAUCGUCGUCGCGUACGCCGCUGCUGUUUCCUCGCUGCGCGGAGUACAGUGGUCGAUCGACGUGCAACACGCGACACGGGUUCUGAUGACGGUGGUGUCAGUUUUGAUUGCACUGGUUGUGGGUGCAGUUCAGGCUGCCGUUGCUCCGGAUUAUCCGCCUCCUUGCGAAGAACAUUCCGCCGCGCUGAGUGUGACAGAACCGAGAGGAAAAAAUCCUAGACAAUAUGGCAAGACUUUGACCCCUUCUGAGCGGGACAUGAAUGUGGAUCAUUUGGCGCAACAUCGUGUCAUCGAGUCGAGAGCGAACGGCCUCUUUUUUUUUGUUGGACCACAGCUAAAAUCGAAAGAAGGAAACCAAUCCGCUAUAGUGGAGAUUGGAUUAUCUGCAGUCGGACGAACAGUGUUCUUGAGCCUAUCUGGGCUGCCUCCAGCAGCUGGCCGUUUGGUUUUUGGAAGAAGCCAAAUGAAUGGGUCAGCAAAUGCCUUGAAUAAGAAGAUCUUGUCACAAGAACUCGGAUUGUAUAGGACAACUGCAGAACUGGCAUCUUUUGCAGAUGAACAAAAUGAAAUUUUUUGCAAGGGCGAGUUGCUGGACACGGUACAAACUGCCGCUUUGUACAAGGACUCGAAACAUUUUGUCGACAUGACCCUGAAAAAGAGCAGAGCAGAGACAUUGGCAGCCUUCAGGCAACUUCAGCAGGGUUCGUCACCAGCAGGGCAGUUGACCAAGGCCCAGGUGCAGACUUUCGUGGAUGAGCAUUUCGACCCGCCGGGUUCCGAGCUGGAAAUCUGGAUCCCACCAGACUGGAAACCCGAGCCGAAGUUUCUGGAUGAGAUCAAUGACGAGGAUAUGAAAGAAUUCGCAUCGCAACUGCACAAGCUGUGGAAGCAGUUGGGCAGGAAAGUGAAGAACAGGGUCCGGGACAACGCCGACAAAUACUCGAUUUUCUAUGUUCCGCACGGGACGAUCGUGCCUGGAGGCAGGGACUCCUACUGGGUGAUUAAGGCACUGCUCAUCGGUGGGAUGUCGGAAACAGUGAAAGGCAUGCUGAGCAAUUUCGUGGAGAUGCAGCGGAAAUUUGGGUUCAUUCCAAAUGGAGGCCGGAAGUAUUUCGCCCGUCGAAGCCAGCCGCCAUAUUUCAUCCCCAUGGUUCACGAAUACGUCUCCGCCACGGGUGAUCUGGAAUUCCUCAGGCACAGU